AUGAGAAAAAAACAAAAAGGAGGCACCGCAGCGAGUGGCGGCGGCGGCGGCGGCGGAGCAGGAGGCCGUCGUCCCCAACGUCAUCGAACCCAAGUGCAGCAUUACACAGAUAGCAAACCUGGCACCAUAACCAAGAAGAAGAAGAGGAGACGAGGCAGCAGUGGCGGUGAAUCUGAGUCUUCUGAAUCCGAGUCUGAAGAAGAUGUGCGACAGCGACAACAAGAAAACAAAACUUUCCAUUUCGAUGGAGGACUGCCGGACCACACGCAACACCACAAGAAGCGGAAGCGACCUCACAAAGCACCAGCUGCCGUCAACACUACUGAUACUGCCGCUGCUAGUAGUAGUAGUAGGACAGACAGUCCUAUUACCAAUCACAACAACAACAACAACCUCAAACAACCGCCACCUCGCAAAUUGCAGGAAAUGCCACCCCCCAGUCCUCCCAAAACAGUUUUGAUGUCACACACUACUGCCAUCGCUCCCACUCUACCGCUGGCGACGACCUGUCCGUUGGCCAAACAGUCACUAGCUCAACAGUAUCCCGUCGUCUAUGGGAGAGGCUUGGGUGUCCCCACACCGCCGGAACCUCCCGAAUGGAAUGCCAUUUCCAGCUAUGACUUUUACUUUCCACAAGAUUACAAACCCAUGCCUCUUCCUACGGAAAAAGAAGAAGCUGUCAUGGCACCGGUACUACAGAAGGGACCUUGGCCCGUCUGUCGAGUCGUUACCAAAGUGUGCUCUCAACACACCCACGUGGCCGUGGGAGAUUCCGCCGGAUUCAUUUUACUCUAUACCACUGUUGGGGGAACCAGGGUACUCUCUCGACUGGACACCGCCGCCAGUCAAAGAGAACACGCCCGCCAACGACAAUUGCAAGCCAAAAUUGAACACAAAUGCCAAUACAAACAGGAAUUACUAGACAAGCGAUCCGCCUUUUGGGCCACGGAAAAGACACCCAAUGCCAUUCAAUCCAUUACAUGGGUCGGAAAUCUUAUUGUCUUUUUGACACUUUCGGAAAUACAAGCCAUACAAAUCACAACCGCUGCGGUUCAUUCGCCCGGUCAGUCCUUUGGGGGUUGUCAAAGUUCGCAAAUACUAUGGACCAUUCCCGUCACCAAAAAGAUGGCUAACAAGGCAUUGUAUCCGGGGGGAGAACUCCAGAUGGCACCCCAAACCACUGAAUUCAUCAAACUCAUUCCGUUUUUGCGACACGAAGAAGAAGACAAACCACCACCGAUUCCCAUCAAGAGAUCACCGGGACGACCACCCAAGAAAAAGCCAAAACCAAAAAUACCAGUCACCAAGGAGGAACUGGUUUGGAAUGCCGAAACGAGCAAAUGCCAUGCAGCGAUUUGGGACAAUGCAAAAAAGGGAGAUCGACUCAUUGUCGUCUAUAGUGGUGGGAACCACUGUGCCGACGACAUCAGCAGCAACAACGAUAACAAUGACACAGCCAAGGGUGCUGUCGUGGAUGCUCCUCAGGUGCACUUGGCGUUGCUGAAAUUGACGGAUGAUUCCAGUCAACAAGAGGAUGGAGACGACGACUCGAGGCAUCAUCAUCAGUAUGCCAAAGUUCUGAAAGAAACAGCGGUCCCCAUAUCUGCCAGUGCUCGGAACUUUGCCAACUUUCCGGAGGUGACUCUGAAUCAGAGCACCAAGGGAAGCUACACUCUCGUGGCGGGUCCAAGGGGCGUCCGAAUGUACAAAACCGAAACGAUGGCCUGUUUGCGAGUCUACGGGGAAGGUGUCUCGUUGCACGGGAAAGCAAUGGUGUGGCAAUCAUGCUUCGUGUUGGACAAUCGCAUGCAACAACAACUCUACCAACAACAGCAAGAACAAAUGGAACCAGCAAAGAACGACCAUGCCAACGACGAGGAUGAUGACGACGACUGUGGUUCUACUUUAUUGAGGCAAAAUCGUCAGGGGUUUGUUUGGAUCGAGCAGGACAACACUCUUGGGUCCUUGGCAAACAUGAGGGACAAUUCCUUGAUGAGUUCAAACAAAAUUGUUACUCGAAGACGGAGUUCCAUGCAAAAGAUACGGGCGUCGGCAUCGAUGGAUGAUGAUGACGAUGAAGAGGACGACGAGUCCUACUGGUUGCACCAAGCAUGGAUCGUAGGGAUACCUCAUCCAUUUCGUGGUCCGAAAGAAUUGAAGGAAACCCUGUAUUUUUGGCAAGGUGAAGAGAAUUUGCCUCUAUUUACAUUGCCACUGCCGGCCCAAAGUGGAGGCAUCCAAUCCCUGCACCCCCUAAUGACCUCAAACAAUCGCCAGCGCAACGAAGGAAUGUGGCUGCGCUUGAUGGUGUCAACUGUGCAUGGCGAAUGCUUCGAAUUGUCUCCUUCCUUAAAGUCUGAUUUUGCUGGCAAUAUGUACAACCCUGGGUAUCUUGUUCUUCGAGAUAAUGUCGAGUACAUUGAGGAUGAAGACGAGUUGGACAAAGUCAUGGUAGAAGUUCCCGAAGAAAACGAGGAAGAAGAAGAAGAUCCUGUUGUCGCGGCGCCGCCAAUUGGGAGUGAAGUCGUCGGAGAUUUCGAGGAUCCAGAUAUCGCUGAAGCCAUUCGGUUGUCUCUUUUGGACCAGGGAAAGUCAGAUUCGCGGAAGGAUGAGAGCGAUGCUUCCGAUGGCGACGAAGAUGUAUCCAUCUGUGUUAAGGAUGAUUUUGGAGAAGAGGAGAGUGGAUUUUUCAUUCCUUGCGAACCUGAACCGUUCCUUCGACAAGAACUCUUACCAGACUUUGAAACUGAGACCAUGAUGGUUGUGGACGCCACUGGUGGCGACAAGUCUGCCAAGGAUGCAGAGUUUGCCAGUGAAGUCUUGUCAAUCCUCCCACAAGCCAAGUUUGCCCAAGACCGCUGGGAACAACAGAAAACAAAACUGAAUGGAAACGAACAAGUAUCGUUCGAACAGCCCAAAGUAGCCCCUGUGCAAACUAAUGGCCUCGCUGAAUCCGCCUCUGUCCUACCAACCGGCAAAAUGGGCCGGGGCAAACGAGCGAGACCGGGAAACCUUGAAGCAAUGUUGAAGGCGUCAAUCAAACCGGAGUUACGUCAGUUCAUGACAUACAAGGGACGUGCCUGGGCCGAUGGUUUGGGUGGUAGGCUGCAGGAUGAUGCUUGGGAGGCUGUUAACGCUCCCAAAAAGGCAUCCUCCGAGUCGACCGGAUCGGUGGCGACAGCUGCUGUGGCGGCCAAUGACAAUUUGCGUGAAACAUCUCUUCCUCAGGCCAAGUCGAAUGAGACGGAUUCUCCACACAAAGCAGAUAGCGCCAAGGAAUCUGUUGACCUGUUGAAGCCCGCACUUGAAUCGAGCGUUCAAUGUGAAGGACCGAGCAACAAGCCAACGAUUGAAGGCCACUGUUUUGCGGGAGUGCCCAUUCCACUCUCAAACAUCGAGGGAGCACUGCAAAAUGACAUCGAUGGAACGAAUGGAAUGCAGGUUGCCAUCAUCGAGCUGAAGGGGUACAGCGAUUCUGCACAACAGUAUUGGUGCACUGGAACUGUUGAUAUCCCGCUAGGACUUGAUGACGUGUCCAAUCACGACAAAGAAAGGCAGAACCGUGUUUCUGAAGAUGUGGAACUGAGCGAAGAAAGAGAGACAAACAAGGAGUCGCCCACUGCAGGCGACGAAUCCACUUUGGGACAAACCCUAUGCAAAGACUACGGCAAGAAUAGCUCGGAGAGAGAACCUUCGAAUGGCAGGAAGGCUGUGCCAGUCGUGUCGACAACUGUCGUCGGUCGCUGUGCCGCCUGUGAAGGUAGGCUGGUAUUUCAUACCUGUGGAAAACGUGCGCUCCCAGUUGACUUCGAAGCCAUCGAGCGGGCAGAGAAAGAGCGCAAGGCGCGCGAAGAAGAGGAAAGGCGAAGACUCAUCAAGGAAAAACGGAAACAAGCCGAUGCCAAGCGCCGAGAAGAAAAGAAGAAGAGGAAGGAAGAGGAAAAGCGGAAGAAGCAGGAGAAAGCGGAAGAAUUGCGACGGAUUCGAGAGGCAGAAAUCGCCGCAGCCAGGGCAAACCAGGCCAAUAUUGGGGAAUGCUUGGAGAGCGGGUCAUCCAUGCAAAACGACGGCGCGGCUUCUCCCAGAGCAGAAAGCGAUCCUGCGGUCAGCAACAAUGAACAUCCUGAUGUUCUUGCGUGCGAGGCAACGAAAGAAGUAGACCAAGUGCAGUUUGCAAUUGCUGACGCUUGGAAAGAACACGCCGAGAAGUUUGCGGGGAAUGCUGCCAAGGUGGUUGCGAAGCAGCCGGAGGAGGCUUCGGCAACCAUCUCUACACAAACCAAGGAAGGCAAUUCUGAGGCAUUUUCUGCCUUGGCUACUAUGGCUGCUGCGGCUACGUCGCACGACGAAAACGUUGCAGAGAAGGCGCAUGUUCCUUUGGCCGAAUCGACGGAGUUUAGCGCCUCUGUCGUGACGACGUCUCACAACUCAACACCCGAGGGCACACCGGCGUCGACAGCGCAUCAAAGAGUCCUUCACGGAUUCUUCAGCCCGUCGGACGCCUAUCCGCAACACGCCCAAUCAACAAACCUCGAAACACGCGGCGAGUUCUCUGCAGAAUCAGCUGCUCAAAUAGAAAGGAGAAAACAGAUUCUGAACUCCUACCAUGGCAUCGCUGGUGGUAGCGAGGCGACAGUGACGAGAGUCGUUGAUAUGUCCACCAACAGUCAACGGGGCCACUCCUUCCGUAUCAGUCCGUUGUCCGAUUUUUCCCACUCUCGACUUGGCCAACCAAACCACACCAACACCUCGAUUGGUAGUGGCUUGCCUGCACGGCUCGGGGGUGGCUCUCGGCCCUAUUUUGGAUACACGGUGGUGACCAACAACUUCAAACCCAAAGUGAAACUAGGAACCUACGCAACGUCCCCAGUCAUCACGGCACAUCACCACUGUCAGAACCAACCACCAAGCUCAUCAGCAGAACAGGCCACCGCGGCGACAGCAGCAGCGGCCGCAAGAGAAGCUGUGUCGCGUUCGAAUGAGGGUUUCUAUCCUGGGGCGCACCACCCGGCCAGCGCCACCCCUAGUGCCGCAUCGCCACCGCCUCAACCUACGACAAGACCCCUCUCGUGGAUGCAUCAUGCUCCACCAGCAAUACGACCUCCACAUGGUGCGUGGCCAUCUCAGCCUCCUAUGUUGGGGCAACCUCGUACAGUCGUCGGUCACGUGCCAGCUCCUGGACAUGCAAGUAUCCCAGUUGCAGGAACCCAGUACCAUUCUCUUCAUGGUCCUCCUGUCGCUGCAGUGGCAGCUCCUGGCGUCGUUCCUGCAGCCAGCACUUCUCAGCCAGUUGCUAUGAACGCGAAUGCUAUGUACAAAAACACGCCAACCACGAACCCGUAG